AGCCAAAAAAAAAAAAAACCAAAACCAAAAACACACACACCAUAGUAAAAUACAAACCAGACAAAGGCCUUUUUAGUCAAACAUGGAUAUGGGGGCAGGUAGAAGGAAAUGUCUGAUGGACAGAUGGCAUUUCACCAGCAGGUUGUAUUCCCAGAACAUUCUUGACAUUGCAUUCAGCCUGAUUUUACCUUCCCCCAGCCUCGAACACCUGACGCACAUCCCAAGGUGGGAGAAACUGCCAGAUACCAUGGCAGCCAACGUGCAGGCCAGUAAGUCUACCCCAAACCACGUCAUUUUCAAGAAGACCUCCCGGGACAAAUCGGUGACCAUCUACCUGGGGAAGAGAGACUAUAUAGACCAUGUCGACCAAGUGGAGCCUGUGGAUGGUGUCGUGUUGGUGGACCCUGAGCUUGUGAAGGGAAAGAGAGUGUACGUCUCUCUGACCUGCGCCUUCCGCUACGGCCAGGAAGACAUCGAUGUGAUCGGCCUGAGCUUCCGCAGGGACCUGUACUUCUCCCAGGUCCAGGUGUUCCCUCCCGUGGGGGCCGCGAGCGCCCAAACGAAGCUGCAGGAGAGCCUGAUCAAGAAGCUGGGGGGCCACACGUACCCUUUCCUGCUCACGUUUCCUGACUACCUGCCCUGCUCGGUGAUGCUGCAGCCGGCUCCGCAAGACGUGGGGAAGUGCUGUGGGGUUGACUUCGAGGUCAAAGCAUUCGCCACAGACAGUGCAGAUACCGGAGAGGACAAAAUUCCCAAGAAGAGCUCUGUGCGUUUGCUGAUCCGGAAGGUACAGCACGCACCCCUCGAGAUGGGUCCCCAGCCCCACGCGGAGGCCGCCUGGCAAUUCUUCAUGUCCGACAAGCCCCUGCACCUCACCGUCUCCCUCAGCAAAGAGCUCUAUUACCACGGGGAACCCAUUCCUGUGACCGUGACUGUGACCAAUAACACGGAGAAGACCGUGAAGAAGAUCAAAGCACUAGUGGAACAAGUGGCCAACGUGGUUCUCUACUCGAGUGAUUAUUACAUCAAGCCGGUUGCCACGGAGGAAACACAGCAAAAAGUGCCACCAAACAGCACCCUGACCACAACGCUGACGCUGGUGCCCUUGCUGGCUAAUAACCGCGAGAGAAGGGGCAUCGCCCUGGAUGGGAAGAUCAAGCACGAGGACACGAACCUUGCCUCCAGCACCAUCAUAAAGGAAGGCAUGGACAAGACCAUCAUGGGCAUCCUGGUGUCUUACCAGAUCAAGGUGCAGCUCACGGUGUCUGGCCUCCUGGGAGAGCUCACCUCCAGUGAAGUGGCCACUGAGGUGCCGUUCCGCCUCAUGCACCCCCAGCCCGAGGACCCAGAGGCCAUGGACAGUUUUCAGGAUGAAAAUUUUGUUUUUGAGGAGUUUGCCCGCCAAAAUCUGAAAGAUGCAGGAGAACUUAAGGAAGAGAAGACAGACCAGGAGGCGGCGGCUCAUGAGUGAAGAGGUCGGCCCCGGGCCACGGGCUGCGGGGUCCUUAGCAGCGCGGCCCCAGCGCCCCGCAUGCAGCCCUUUAGUUGUGCUGAAUACCAGAGUGUGGGUCUUCUCACAGAAAUAAAGUUUGUCUCUUACGCCCUGG